UCAUAGAAACAUUGGAUAUAUUGAAAACACGUAGUAGCUAGCUCCUCGUACCCGUGUCCUUCGCCACCUUUCUUUCUCCACCUUCCAUCUCCAUUUUUCUUCCCUUGAUAACACCACUUUCUCUCUCUCUCUCUCUCUCUUUCUUUCUCUCUCUCUCUCUCUAUCUCUCUACGCAAACAUUUUUCUCCUUAGCACAUACCCGAAUCCAUUCUCACUGCCACCGCCGUUGGAUAUAUCGAGGCGAUGGCGCCGCGUCUCUGGUCCUGCUUCAUCAGCAAGGGCGGCCGCGGCGGCGGGGGAGGCGGGGGCGACGCGGCGGAGCGUCGCGUGACGGCGGACCCGGCGGCGGAGGAGUCGAGGGGCGGCGCGGGCGCCGUGCUGGUGGAGAUGUUCUCGUCGCAGGGGUGCGCGACGUCGCCGGCGGCGGAGCUGGUGGUGUCGCGGCUGGGGCGGGGGGACUUCGGGCUGGAAGUGGCGGUGGUGGUGGUGGUGUUCCACGUGGACUACUGGGACUACGUGGGCUGGAAGGACCCGUUUGGGUCGAGCCAGUGGACCGUGAGGCAGAAGGCCUACGUCGAGGCCCUUGGGCUUGACACCAUGUUCACGCCCCAGGUCGUUGUCCAGGGCAAGGCCCACUGCGUCGGAAAUGACGAGAAUGCCCUCCUUCAGGCCAUCACCAACGCUCCUAGAUUCCCUGCUCCCACCUUCCAGGCAACUUUCACCAAGCCUUCACUAGAUUCAUUGCAAGUGUCCCUAACAGGAGCAUUGAGGACCAAGGUGGACAGCAAUGGCGCAAAUGUGAUGGUAGCAUUGUACGAAAGUGGCUUGGUCACUGACUGUCCAAGAGGGGAGAACAAAGGGCGUGUUCUAUCCAACGACUAUGUCGUUAGAAAGCUCGAAAAGCUCUGCACUGUCAAGGACAUCUCUGCCAAGAAAACAGUAUCAGGAACGGUUAACUUUUCCUUGUGGGGAGGAUUCAACAGCAGCAAAUGUGGUUUGGCUGUCUUUGUUCAAGGCAGCUCUCACCAGAUCUUUGGAUCACAGAGUUUUCACCUUCCGGAUGAUAUAUGAUCUUGAUUCAUUCAUUAGUCUCAUUAAUUUGUUCUGCUUGCUGUUAUCAUAUUCUUGUCACAUUGUUGUUUGCUAGGCUAUAUGUACAUAUUGUGUUAUGAUUUAGGAUGAUGUUGUUUUCUUCUCUUUUUUUUUAUACAUUUUUUCCCAUAUGUACUUUGUCCUUCCUUACUAUUUACUCUAUGAUUAGGAGAUGCAGACAGAAGUUUAAAUUUGUGGUGUGCAAAAAUUUAUUGAUUGGAUUUGGAAAGUGACACUAAUAUUGAAUCUGUUGUUGUCUUGUGUUUAA